AUGGCCAAGCAAUACAAGACUCUCGGAGACGACAUCUGGAAGAACAAAGUCGAGAAGAUUAACGCGGAGCUCUUCACUUUGACGUACGGAUCAAUUGUAGCUCAGCUCGUCAAGGACUAUGAGGAUUUCACAGAGGUCAACAAGCAGCUCGAGAAGAUGGGAUACAACAUUGGAACCCGUUUGAUUGAAGACUUUUUGGCACGGUCAGGAGUUGGCAGAUGCCAGGAUUUCAGAGAGACGGCGGAGAUGGUGUCCAAGGUGGGGUUCAAGAUGUUCUUGAACAUCACACCGGCCGUCACCAACAUCUCGGCCGAUGGGCGUGAGUUUUCGUUGGUUCUGGAUGAGAACCCCUUGGCAGAGUGUGUUGAGUUGCCUGAACAGGCCCUUGUGGAUGAGCUCUGGUACUCUAAUAUCCUUUGCGGUGUCUUGCGUGGAUCGCUGGAGAUGGUCCAGAUGCAAGUGGAUGCGUUCUUUGUGACAGAUACCCUCCGUGGCGACGACAUGACUGAGAUUCGCGUAAAACUGAUCCGCUACUUGGAGGAGGAGGUCCCCGCAGGCGAAGACUAG